AUGGCCUUCACGAUGGGCACCCCUCAGAUGACACCAACUGAAGAUCAGUUUGGGGCCUUAGCCCAAAGGGUAUUUGGGGGUGCGCCCAAUGUAGGGCAAAUGAGCGCCAUCAGGCGCAUACACUUCGAAAGCACUACGCUGGUGAUUUCAACAAUACGUGAGAAAGUCACCAGUGAAGGAGCUGAGAAAGGUGAUGCGACAAAGAAAAUUCCCCUUGCAGAGAAGAAACAGAGGAGGGAGGAUCAGCUUGCCCGGCUGAAUGGAAUUUCCAUGGUUGGGCAAUUAGACCCAAGCCACGCUUUGCUUGACUUGGCAAACCAGAUGCUUGAAAGCGGGGCAAUCAUGUGGCUUGCACCUUCGAAAUGCAGCAAGCGUGAUGACGAGGGUGCCAAACCAGUCUCACGCCACAUUGUUACAGGGGGUGAUCUCCAUGCCGCUCGACAAGACGCCACAGCUGUUUUUCUCAAUGUCGAUGACAAUGCAACAGUUGAGAAGGUCCACAUUGGGAUCCCUAGCGAACCUGACGAUUUCGUUCAAAGAGCAAUCUCAGCUGGGCACCCGAGAAGCUUGGAACAGCACCUGGACCCGCAAGUCAAGAACAUGAUACAUGCCAACUUUGUUGCAGACCCUUCCAUAGUUGCCAAGAAACGAGCCGACUUCUUCAAGAAGUAUGUCAAACGGGCGUCAGAAUUGGCAGGACAAGAGGAAGAGCUCAGGAGCAAGAUGCCCCAACAUGGCUGGUUGGAUGCAAAGGAAGCCGAAAGGCUCCGUGGUCGAAUGAUUUUCUUCGAGUCUUAUGCAUUUGGUCGUUUAGCAAACAGCACUGCAGGAAACGCCUUGAUUCAUCGAUUCAAGGAAGCCUCCUUCUUCUUAGAGAUAGAGUUUUGGAAGCCCCUCCAGUGGUGA